UGAAAGAUGUCACUGCCUGCUGGCGUUAAAAUGCUUCUGCUGUGAUCCUGAUCCACAGCGUUAAAACGCGUACAUUGUGCAUUAUUUAUUGAUUUUGUAGCAGUUGUUCGUACGGAAUCAACAAGAACUGUUCUGAUGUGAAGCUGUCAUGCUUCAUUUUUCAUGAAAUGAGUUAGUUAGAGACUAUAUUUGUUUCCUCUGCUAUUGAUUGAUAAUAACACCAACUGUCAAGAUGAGCUACCGUGACGAGGAUGAUCCUUUCGAGGAGGAUAUUGUAUUCGACCAGGCAGGCCUUCUCAGUACAUCUCGUAAAUCUUCAAAGUCAGCAAUUCGGAGAGUGUCUAGUGGAAAAUGUGCCAUGUUUUCUAAAACCCUGGGCCUCUGUGGAGCAUUUUUGGGCCUAGGGUUGACUUUUGCCAUUCCGGGACCUUUAUCCCCCGUACCCCCUGCUGAGCUGAGUCAUGACAAAAGUUUAAUGACAUAUGAAGUAAUGUAUAGGUGCCAAGGCUUUAUGAUAGGAGCAAUGUUUGGUGCUAGACUACUAGACAGAUUCAACCGAUUGUUCCUGGUUUUCCUUGCCUUGCUUGUUACUGCACUGCUAGUGACUAUUAUUCCAUGGUGUGGUAAUGUAUGGUUGCUAAGGACUGACAUGUUUCUUCUCGGAGUAUCUUUGGGCUUUUUGAGCACAGGUGGCAAUGUCCUCUGCCUAGAUUUGUGGGGCAGAAAUAGCGGUCCUUUCAUGCAGGCCUUGCAUUUCAGUUUUAGCCUGGGCGUCUUUUUGGCCCCUUUCCUCUCGCAGCCGUUGAUGACGCCGGUGAAUUAUGCCCUUGUGUCACCCACCACUACACCAGCCAGCAUGUUCCCUCUGCACAGAUUGCCUCGGGAUUUGGGAAGUAUUUCUUCCAACGCUUCUGCAUUAGUUGGAGCAGAUACUUCCUCCCUCUCAUCUUCAGCCUAUCACGACUUGGCUUUCAACAAGUCUAGGGUAGAUGUCAGCAACUCAUCAACAACUCUUGCCCCUUUCUCAACUUCAACCACUAAAAAGAGUGUGCAAGAACUAAGCGGCCUGCUGCUUCUGGCCCCUGCCUCUAGCAGUGGUGUGAACUCAUCCAAGGCCGUGCUGGUGGCUUCCUCCUCUGGUCCUUCGAUGCCAGCAAAUGCUUCACUGCCAUUGUCGAAGGCCUCCACCCCAGCACCUGCAUCCAUACCUGUUCCAGCCUCCGAGACUGUCAGCUCUCCCAAAGUUGAUGUCUCUACAACCACACACAGAUCUCCAAGGCCCAAGCCAGUUCUGACUAACUCAGAAAAACUGAAGGACAAUAAAUGGGAGAAUGAAAAGUUCCGUAAACCACCUCCAGAAGACUUGGUGCCUGUAUCUACCACUAUGAAGCCAAUGGUCAGAGCGGAAAAUAAGACAACCGUCGUCAGUAAUGUGUCUACUAGUACUACCCCAUCACCAAUCUCCAAUGGAAAAAAUGCUACAGUGAAACCAAACGGUAUCAAAAACAUUCCAACAUCAUUCAACUCUUCAAAGUUGGCUGUGAUUUUGGAUGGGAGCAGUGGUUCUAAUCUAUCUGCAAUUCCUUCAUCUGCUCCAAGCAAUGUUCCUCUUGUGAAAGAAAGUUCAGUUGCUACGACAAUCUCAAGCGUUUUAACCACCAGCAGUGUUCCUCUGAAGAUAAACUCUAGCCUUGUGACUAAUAAUUCUAAAGCUCUCCCCGGCACUGUACCUGCUAAGAGUGAUGAGGCUCUUCACAUCAGUGAUGCAGGCACAGUACCGAUGUCUCCUCUGUUGCCCCAUAAGAGCGACUCUGGUGUAGCACCACUAAAAGGCUCCAAGGCUAAAGAAACUGCUGCAAAUCACACUACACCUGCUCCAAUCACACUUGAAGCAAUACUGUCUUCAAGUGCUGUGAAACAAGGAGAAGCCUCAAACCACUCUGUUCUUAGCAAAGUCCUAAAAGAUACUCCACCAGAAAUGUCUAACAGCGAAAACAGUUCUAAAAUUAAUUUAAGCAGUGGAUCUUCAGGUUCUGUCAACCGUGCUUCGUCUGCUGGGAAGGAGAAAGAUUCCAGCAGUAACUCUUCAGUUGAGAUUUCUCUUCCUGUAAUUGAGAAAACCCAGGCUGCAAAUGAUUCUCAUUUUAUGGGGAAGAGUAUCUCCUUAGACGAACAAGAUUCCAACCAAAAUGGUCCUGCAAGUACCUCCAGUCAACAACCGCAAGCCCGGAUGUCCACUCCGCAGCCCCCAAAGAAUUCAAAACCUGGUGAACGUGAAAAAACUUCGACUGUCAACCAGAAAUCUUUUGGAGGAGGACAUGUUAAGGCUAUGAUGGAGGCUAAGCCUUUGCAAUCGACCACAGAGUCUUCUACCAGUGUGCAUUAUUACAAAAGCAGCAAUGCACCAGAGAAAUUGCCUGAUGCCAAAAUCAAAGUGAGGCCCACCUCAAACCCAUCCACUCCAUUACUUGUGAAAAAUAUUCCUGCAGUAGUUGAAACCAUCAGUCAUUCUGAGGCUCCUGCAGGUCCUAAACACGUUCACCACAGUAAGCCAGCUUCCACAGUUGUUAAUGACACAGCAGAAGUUACUCACACUGUCAUUGAUGAUGUCGCUAAUCGACUGGAGAAAUAUGGUUUAAGUCGUAUGGAACUCAUGUACCUCACUGUGGGCAUGGUUCUUCUAGCCACCUCUUUCCUCUUUCUUGGCUUCUUAUGCUUCAACCCCAGGGAUCCAAAGUCUAAAACAGAUGAAGAGGACAUGAACGUCCAUGUUGGUCGUGUUGGUCAUCGAAGUCGCCUUAGCUCUGGGCAAUCUACUAUUGUUCCUUCACGGUGCCUGAGGCACACACUCAUUGGAUUGAUGAUGGUUUUGUUAAUGAUAACAUCAGGUGUUCAGGCUAUGUAUGGACAGCUGCUGUUAGUCUAUGCCCUGCAAGCUCCUUUGCAGCUCUCUCAGUCAACAGGUACUGCUCUAACGGCUACUUUCUGGGGUGCCCUGACAAGCACGCGCUUUGCUUGCAUCCUACUUGCAAGUGCAUUGUCUCCGACAGCGAUGCUUGUCCUGAGUGUUGCUAUUUGUUCGUGUGCAACUUGGCUUCUAUCUGCUUUUGCCUCUUCGUCAGAGGUUGCAUUGUGGAUUGGAUCUGUCAUGGUCAGCGUUGGUACAGCAUCAGUUAUCCCAUCAGGGAUGCUCUGGAUGCAGAGGCACGUUUUGAUAACACACCGAGUAGCAGCGAUGCUGGUUAUGGGACCAGCCAUGGGUGAAAUGUUUUUCCCCACUCUUGCGUACAAGAUGAUGGUGUCCCUCGGACCAGCAAGUCUGGUUCACUUGCCUGCGCUGCUCAGCCUUUUCGCAAUAGCAGUGUGGGCUGCAGAAUGGCGGCUUGCCAGAUAUCCUCGUCAACCCAUGUGCUCGCAUGGAGACGAGUCAUCAGGCUACCAACUUGCCAAUCAACAUGACGAAGACGAUCUUCUUGACUUAACAAUGUCUCCAAUUGUUAAUGGCACCACAGCUAUUCUGAGAAAUCAUUCUCGGUCAAAUGCAAGCGGCCUUGGAAUACAUCGUAUGAGUGCAUAGCAUCAAGCCAUCUACAUGUAAUGUAGAGUGAACACGGAGCAAUUUCAAUGGACACUUACUUAGUGCAAUUUGAAUCAAAAUCUCACUCACUUACAUGCAGAUAAUUUUUGUCAAAACGGAAGUGCAUGAUGUAUGCUGGUGGACAUGUUACCUGAUAGAAGGGCGAUGAGUUGUGCUAUUUUAGGAGAGAGUAUGACUGCUGUUUCAAAUGUUUUGUGUGAAACUGGAUUUGGGAAACCGCCUUGCUUAAGUACUACAAUUCCUCUUCUACCCUCUUUCCUAUGUACUUAUUAAUUAUCUUCAAGACUUAGUUUUGGUGAAUUUGAAUUCCUUUAUUGUUCGAGGAACAAUCAAAUACAAGACGCUUAUCAUCUUAACAUUAUGUUAACACCUUUCAAUUCUGUCAUCUGUUUUUAUCAACCAUUUAGGUAGGGAUUGUUUUACUUAGUUCAUCAUAAAAUGUAUUCACAGCCAUUGGAUUAGAAUGAGACUUAGUGUUCUGUUUGUGUGUGUUUGUAUGUUUGCUCAGUUUGUUUUUUACAAAUUGAAAGUUACUUAAGUGUGUUCCCUACCACAUGGUAAGCACAUCACCAAGGACCACUAAAUUUUAUUCCAAUCAUGUAUUGACAAUUUUUAAAAGUAUUGUUUCUUUAUUUUGCUUUUUUCAAAUCAAAACUAGUUCACAGGCACUGCGUGUUGAAUUUAGGAAAAUUGAGUGCUGAACCGAUUUUAAUAAGUUGUUAACGUCUUACAAGUAUCAGCGUCUUGUGCCUUUCUCAAUUUCCCUAAAGUCUUCCAUGUCUGUGGACCAAUUGCUGGUAGCAAAUUAAUUCAAUUGCUCAGUUUGCUGAUCACUUGUGAAUUCAUGUUCUCUUCCCUCAAGGCUAGCAAUUCCAGUCCUUUCUAAUUUUUAUUAGAUUUAACUUUCUCUUUCCUUUCUAGUAACUAUUGGAUUUUCUUCAUGUCUCUAAAGUUGUUAUUUCUUUCAAAGAAAUAUCUUUCCACUUUUUACUGUGUAGAAUUUACUUCCUGAAUUUUAUUGACAUAGAUUUAUGAGCCGUUAAUUGACCACAUAGUCCACUUGGUCUACUUGUAGCCUUGCUUGUUGCAGUCCGUACUUACAAUUGGAGCAUGUCGUAUUGUGAUGUUUGUAAUUUGACUUGAAAGACUUUAGUUUUUUCUUUCUUUUUCUAUGUGAAUACUCUUUUAAAAUUGUACAUAUCUCUCAGCCUCUGAAUCCCAGGAGGUUUUGUGCAGUAGUAAAUAUUAGGAAAGUUAAUCAAUUAUCAUUUAAUUAUUGUGUAGGGUGUACUUGAAAUCAAGUUGUGAGUCUAACUUACAAGAAUGAGGAAAUCAAAAUUUUGUGAUGUAUCUAACCUCUGAUGUGAUCAUAUGAAGCAUCUUGGCCUGUUGGGAGUUUUAUUUUUAUACAUUUAUUUCAGAUCAAACUGUUGAUGUGCUUGUUACGCCUUAUUUUUUUUAGACUGUGCUCUUUUCUUUCUGUCCUUGAACUUGAACGUUCCUAUGGGUUCUUAUUGAUUUAUAGCAUUAUAAAAAGUUAUUGUGAUUUUCUGUGUGAUUUCUUCUUUUUAAGUUUUGUAUUUGUGUUUGUUGGAUAAACAGUUUUUCUUGAAGUUGUAUUGCAGACACUAGAUUUGCUUUUGCUAGUCAAAUGGUAUGAAUGAUAAGGAUUGAACUGAGUAUUAAAAGCUUUCCUUUAUCCAUAAUGGGAUUACAAUAUCUCAUCAAAUAGACAUUCAUCUUGAGUUGUGAUCAAAAACUUGCGUUUUCCCUUUUUUGUUGUUGGAUUCCAUUCUUUCUCAAUCAGAGAAAGAAAUCUCUCUUCUUUUUUGUUACUUACAAUGAAAAUAUUUAUGCAGUAUUUAUGCUGGUCAUUAUGUGAAAUAAAAACUCUGGUCAGGAGCAAACCCUCA